AUGGCAAACGCUGUGUCGAAUAAAUCGGUUGCCGGUGUCUAUGCGAAGGGAAAAGAUAUUUCUUACUGGAGGGACUGGAUUUUGGGAAAGGUAUCCGUUGUAAUUCAUGCAGCAGCUACCGUCAAAUUCAACGAACCUUUAAAAGAAGCGUGGCAAACAAACGUCGAAGCUGGACGUCCCAACACAUAUACGUUUACCAAAGCGUUGUCUGAACAUUUAGUUGCUGAGAACUUACUGCAUAUGCCUACAGUCAUCAUCCGACCUUCUAUUGUGGCUGCAAUUAAGAAUGAUCCUAUAAAAGGUUGGUUAGAAAACUGGUACGGAGCGACAGGCAUGAUGGUCUCCACUUCUAAAGGCUUGAAUCGAGUGUUCUAUGGAAAAUCUAGUAAUAAUGUGGACUUGAUACCAGUCGACUACGUGGCAAAUUUAGUGAUAGCAGCAGGUGCCAAAAAUUGCAGAUCAAGAGAGUUAAAGAUCUACAACUGCUGCAGCAGUGGCUGCAAUCCUCUGCCAAUUGGGAAAGUUAUGAAGCUGUUUAUAAAGAAUUCUGAAAAAUACAAAUCGUCAUGUAUGCCGUUUCCUAAAAUGUAUACUUUUACAAGACGGAAGUGGCUGGUUUCACUUAUCACUCUGCUGUUUCAAGUGACACCUGCAUAUAUAGCUGAUUUAUUUAGAAUACUUGCAGGAAAACGGCCGAUGUACGUCAAACUUCAGUCUCGCAUCAUGCAAACCCGUCUUGCCCUGAACUACUUCACGAGCCACUCUUGGAUUAUGAAAGCAGAUCAUACACGAAAUUUAUUUUUAUCACUCUCAGCUUCGGACAAAAAAACUUUUCCCUGCGAUCCUACUUCGAUAGAUUGGCAUGAAUACUUCAAGGAUUAUGCUUGGGGAGUACAAAGGUUUCUGGAAAAGAAGACAUAUGUUCAGUAA